AGCAUGGGCAGAGGACCCCACUAUAGACGCUCCCUCUUUUUCGUUGCCCCUUUUACCAGUCAGACACUCUCCAAAACCAACACUAACAAGUAAUCAAUCCCCACCGCUCCACCGCCGAUCGCCACCGUCCUCCGGCGACAAUCCUUCCUAAUACACAAUAUAUGGACACCUCUUCUAAUGGCUACAUCAGCAAAUCUACCUCUUUUGCUGCUACUUCUCAGCGUGACGUCACUUACAGAUGUGGAUGUUGCGGAUAUGACUUAAACCUGAGUUCUUCAGCACGGAAUACCUCGUCCAUUGGUUCCAAAUACGGAAAAUCGAUAAAGACAGGAAUGAUAUCAUUCUUCAGCAUAGACGAGACCCGAUUCACUCAAGUAGAGCAGUUCCAGUGUCUGCCAUUGCCAUAUUUCAUCUCAAAACACUUGUCGCAUAAGAAAACCAAACUUCUUUGUCGCAAAUGUAACAGCCACAUCGGAAACGCGUAUGAUGACAAAUCAUACGCUCCACUUGUAGCGGAUGAGGCCUCAGCAGGUGACGUUUCGUCUUACAGAAAAUAUGAUGUUAGAAUCCGAGCUGUGCAACCUUCCUCAUCUCUGGAACCGCUUGUUGUGUGAUACCUUCAUCUCCCAACACUUUUACACACCAUCCCCGAUUUGUAAUUCGGCGAUCUUCCAUGCGUACAUGCAUUUGUUGCGUUUCAUGUUUUUGUUAGUACAUGUGUACACCUCUAGUUCGUGUCGUUUUUUUUUUUUUGUUAAUUUAAAUUGAAGUGUUGCAUUGUACACACACCCUCAUUUGUGUAAAUUUUCAUAUAUGCUAUUCAUUGAUUGGUUUUUUUUUUCUA